AGGACUUAAACUCUAACAUUAUAAACUCAACUGUUUGACAAUCGUCGCGCCAAAAUCAAUGCAUGCUAUCUUUCCAAGCAGAUUUUUUUUAUCGAUUUUAUCCGAUUUUUAUGAAAUGUUAGACAUACUUUAGAAACAUAAAAGUUAGAAGGUAUGGCACAAUUGUCCAUGCGUCAUAUAUCCAUUUCAGGUCACUACAGGUCAGUUACGUUCAUAUACUACAGCACACCGGAAGGCACGAUAUAUAAGGACUCUCCUGUUUUGAAAAUAGAUCAAUAAAUAUAUAAUAAAAUUCUGUUUAUAGUUUUCCUCCUCCCCAGAUAUGAUUACUCAAUGAUACUACGGGGUCAAUUUUUAUUUAUGAUCGACAUAAAAUGUUGAUUUUAACACUAGAUAAUCAAUCGGUAAUACACAUUUCGGUUCAAGAAUUUAUUUGCGAUUGUUAUCUAUAGCUUAUUUAAGGUGACAAUAAGUUGCUGUCAAACAAACUCUUGUUACAAAAUCAAACUGAUCAGAUAUCAAAAGUUAAGUUGUCAAUCUUUAUCAACAGUGCAAUGUUCCGAACGGCACUUUCUUCUUUAAUUCUGUUUGGAAUCCUGAUGUUCUGCACCUGCAAUGCUGACGAAGUGGUUAAUCUACCUUUGACAGGUGCAAUGAAAGCUGUAUUGAAAGCUGACUUCGAUGUAUCCAGUCUGAACGCACAACUGAAAACUUUUAUUGAGAAGGAAAUACAGAACGGUGUAGAGGCUGCCAUGAGAAACGCAAUGGAAAAGCUAGUUGCCGAAGGAAUGGAAGAGGCCAAUGCUACGAUAGUAUCUACAAUUGAGGAAAGGGUAACAGAUGCUAGCUAUGGUGUAGCGUACAUUAGAUGGGGAAGAAAAGACUGUCCUGCUGGAGCUGAUGUUGUUUAUUCCGGAAAUGCAGGUGGUAAUAGCUACAAUAACAAAGGAGGUGGCGUUAAUUAUCUUUGUUUGCCGAAUGAUCCAGAAAAUGGUAACAAGCAGUCAUUUGACAACGAUCAGAUUUUUGGUUCUGAAUAUGAAAUAUCAGAAGGUCGGAAGCCAUAUGGGUGGUCCUCUACUGAUUUAAAACAAAAGGAAGUACCUUGUGCUGUAUGCCGGAAAUCGGGCAAAUCAACUGUUGUGAUGAUUCCAGGAAGAAAGACGUGCUACAGUGAUUGGAACGCCGAAUAUAAUGGUUAUUUGAUGAGCUCACACAAGAACCAUCAAAGGACAGAUUUUACAUGUGUCGAUAUAAAUGCCGAACCAUGCGACAGCAGGUCUUCCAAUGAAAAUGGUGCUUUGUUUUAUCCAAUAAGAACAAAAUGUGGUAGUUUAAGAUGCCCACCAUACACAGAUGAAGCAGAUUUACUUUGUGUCGUUUGCACAAGUUAAGACACACGAAAACUGUAGUUACUUUUGUUUUUAUAUUUUGGUUUGCUACUAUCUGUUUAAAGGUAGAGUCUAGAAUUAUUUUAACCAAAAAAUAUGCAUUUAGUGUCGUUAACGUUUUUCAUUCACAUAAACCUUAGCUAUUAUUUGAAUCUGUAAUUACAAUCUGUACGUUUUCACGUUCACCCUUUUAAAUAUAUCAUUCAUGCAUCAUAUUUUCGGAGCCAUCUAAAAUUAGUGGGUUUCUUGUUUUUUCUGUUCUUUUGUUUUCGUUUUUUUAAUAUUUUAAAUAGUAAAUAGAAAUCAGAGCAUUUUGUUUUAAAUAUUAAAAAUCUUGCCCUUCUCACAUUUUCCCCGUUGUAAAAUAUACUGGAUGUGUUCCGGGAUGUCAUUUUUCAUUUAUGUCAUAUCAAUAUUUAUUUAUUUAAUUAUUGUAAUAAACAAUAUGAUUGCAACACACAUGCCUGAUUUAGUACAUCGUUGAAAUAUCAACCCAACAACACAAUAAUACAGAAAAAUAUAUCAACAUACCGUUUUCAAUAAUAGCCAAUGAACAAUAUAAAAAGUCAAGCUCUCAAUCUCCCAAAGUCUAACCAAGUUAGGAAUACAUCUGAUAUAAAGUACCAAAGAUCUGCAUUCAAAACCAAGUUCCUGAAAAGGCGAUGAGAAGAUACCAAGGACAAUCAAAACCCCAAAGUCGGAGAAAAUCAGAAAAACGAAAAAAUACCAACAACAGUCAACAAAACAUUACACAGAAAACUAAAGAUUGAGCAAAACGAACCUACAAAAAGCCUGGAAAGAACUCAGGCGUUCCGGAAGGGUAACCAGUUUCUGGUCAACUACGGUACCCGUCUUGUUUAAAGAUUAAAGAAAAAAGCAAGUAAUGAGUUUUUUAACGCUAUUGUUGCAUUGACGUUUACAUCGUAUUCAAUUUUAUUUAGAUUUAUGAAAUGCCGGAGACGUAUGUUACCCUUCCGAAGCACCUAAGAUCACCCCAUAUUUUUACUGGGUUUGUGUCCCUCAGUCUUUAGUUUUAUAUGUUGUGUUUUGUAUACUGUUAUUUGUCUAUUCCUUAUCUUAUCAUGGCAUUGUCAGUUUGUUUUCGACUAAUGAGUUUGUCCACUUGGUCUCAUCAAUCUUCCAUGCCAUGAUGUCUUCAGUUCUAUCGAACCUAUGUUGUAUUGUUGCCAAAGUUAAUUGUAUAAUAUGAUUUAGUCGGGUCAGUACAAAAGGAGAAAUUAUUUCAGGAGGGGUUCAUAAUUACAAUUUAGAUUAGAAGAUUAAACCCACAAAAAAGAAGAUACCAGAGAGGACAAAAACGUACGUAAAAUAAGACAUACGCCAUUAUUGCAGAAAAAGACAAAAAGAUAAAUAACAGUAAAAAAAAGACAUUGAAUACUAAUUGAUCCUUUGAGUAAACAUAUUCUAAAAGUUUAUUAAUGUAAUAUUGCGCUAAAAUCUUUGAAAAUUGUCUUCAUUGAUUUUGUUCUUAAUUAAUUAAGACAUUACUAAGUGUGUAUUGUAAUACAGUUAUAAAAAUUAUUUUACCUA